CGCUUGUGCUUUUGAUUUGAACCGGGAAGUGGAGCAGAAAACAGCAGGGCGGUGUGUUUAUGGCUUCACGUCCCGUGAUUCAACUAUAUAAUACAGAAAUGACUUUGGUAGUAUCGAGUCUGCCAUGAGCAAUAAACAUGAAUUAUGUGGUGUGGUCUUUUGCGUGCUUUUACCUUUUAGAGGUCCCUUUCCUUGACUGCGCACUUGCUGAAGUGAAGAGUCCCAGUCUGGGAGUUGAUAUUAUCUCUCUGGACGGGAAAUGGCAGCUGAUGAACUCAAACUCAUCUGUUUCUCUCAGUGCGGAGGUGCCAGGCUGUGUUCAUACGGCUCUGCAGCGUCAGGGAUUCAUUUUGGAUCCAUAUUAUAGGUUUAAUGACCUGGCCUACAGAUGGAUUUCACUUGACAACUGGAUUUACACUACAUCCUUCUCAGUACCUUCUCAUGUUAGAGGAAAAGGGAAAGCCGUCCUAGUGUUUGAAGGAGUGGACACAGUCUCAACAAUUUCUCUCAAUGGAGUCACCAUCGGAAAGACAGACAACAUGUUCCGCAGAUAUGAUUUUGAAGUCACUGGAUUGCUGAAGGAUGAAGAGAAUGUUCUCCAGGUGUGGAUUAUGUCAGCUGUGAUUUACGCAUCUCAGAAGAGUCAUGCCCACACUGAAUACAGGGUACCACCUGAUUGUCCUCCUCCUGUACAGAAAGGAGAGUGUCAUGUUAACUUUAUCAGAAAGGCUCAAAGCUCAUUUAGCUGGGACUGGGGUCCAUCUUUCCCCACUCUGGGCAUCUGGAAGGGAGUUCGCCUGGAAGUCUUCAACACUUCAAGGGUUCUCAGUUAUACCACAAAUCCAAAAUAUGACUUUGAACAUUCAAGCUGGAAUGUUGAAGUGGAAUUGUUCUUCGAUGUUUUUGUUGCAUCUAAGGGUCUUGUCCAUCUGUCCAUACCAUUACUGCAGUCAAAGGCAGAAUUUCAACUGUCUCUUACACCUGGGCAGAGUAAAAAGUCUUUUGUCUUACAGCUCAAUCAGAGUGUCAGUUUGUGGUGGCCGUUUGGACAUGGAGAGCAGUUUCUAUAUUACCUGACUAUAGAUGUCAACUUGGAGGGUGGAGAGACAUUUAAUGCAGACCGAUUGGUUGCGUUCCGCACAGUGGAGUUGGUCCAGGAGCCUAUACCCACCUCCCCUGGCCUCAGCUUCUACUUCCGGAUCAAUGGGAAACCAAUUUUCCUGAAGGGGUCGAACUGGAUUCCUGUUCAUGCCUUUCAGGACCAAGUGACCACUGACAUGAUCACAAUCCUGCUCCGGUCUGCACAGAAGGCCAAUAUGAAUGCUUUAAGAGUGUGGGGUGGUGGAGUGUAUGAGCAAGACAUCUUCUACAGCCUGUGUGAUAUGUAUGGAAUCAUGAUUUGGCAGGACUUCAUGUUUGCCUGUGCAUUGUACCCUACAGAAAAGGAUUUUAUACAGACCGUGAGGGAAGAGGUCACUCAGCAGGUCCGACGGUUGAAAUCUCACCCCUCUGUGGUCAUCUGGAGUGGGAACAAUGAGAAUGAAGCUGCCAUAGCAACUGACUGGUUCAACAUAUCUGUUGCUGCACGACCGCUGUAUGUGAAGGACUAUGUCAAUCUGUAUGUUGAGAACAUCAGAGACAUCGUUCUGCAGGAGGACAGCACCCGUCCUUUUCUGGUAUCCAGCCCAACCAAUGGGGUUGAGUCUGAGAAGGAAGGCUGGGUGGCUGAGGACCCCUAUGACCCCCACUAUGGAGACACCCACUUCUACAGCUAUUACAAGGAUUGCUGGGACUGGACUGCUUUCCCUCGCACUCGCUUUGCUUCUGAGUAUGGCUUCCAGUCCUGGCCUUCAUUGUCCACACUUAGUAAGGUUUCAGUGACUUCAGACUGGGAUUUCAGCAGCAAUUUCUCAGCUCAUCGUCAGCAUCAUGAAGAUGGAAAUCAGCAGAUGCUAAAGCAAGCAGAACUACAUUACAUUCUCCCUAACAGCACAGACCCGGUGCAGAGAUACAGAGACACUAUUUACAUCACUCAGGUGAUGCAGGCACAGUGUGUGAAGAUCCAAACAGAAUUCUACCGCCGCAGCCGCAGUGACAUUGUUAAGGGGAAAGGUCAUACGAUGGGCACUCUUUACUGGCAGCUUAAUGACAUUUGGCAGGGGCCCUCCUGGUCCUCUGUAGAGUUUGGCGGUAAAUGGAAAAUGCUACACUACUGGGCUACAGAUUUUUAUGCUCCUAUACUCUCAGCGGGGUUUGAGGAUAAGGGAGACCUGCUGAUCUAUGCUGUCUCUGACAGCCACUCUGAGAAGCACACGGUCAAAGCUAAGGUGAAAUUACACAGCUGGAGCAGCUUUAACGCUGUGUGUUCUUUAGAGUCCAACGUGACUACAAUAAAAGCAGGAGGAAGCACCCUUGUGUUUCAGCACUCUAUAUCUGCUCUGCUGACGCAAUGUGGGAACUGCACACGGCGCUCAUGCAUAGUUGCUUUUCAUCUCAGUAGUCCGGAAGGUCAAAUGAUCAGCCCUCACAAUCACAUCUUCCUCAGCUCUCCACGAUAUGCAGAGGGUUUGCAGAAACCCAACAUCACAUUUACUGUAAAGGACACUGGAAUUGUGCAGAACUUUUUUGUGACUCUGCACUGCUCCUUUCCUGCUGUGUAUGUUUGGCUGGAUGUUGAUAAUAUUCCUGGUCACUUUGAUGUCAAUGGCUUCCUGAUGCUGUCCAAAAAGUCCACAGUUAUUUUUGGAGCAUGGAGACCUACCACUGCUGAAGAAAUCACUGCAAAUCUUCAUAUCACGUCUCUCAGGGAUGUCUACUGAUUUUAUGAUAUUCUUGUCAAGUUGUCUGAAUGACAGCUUCUUUAAAAUCAACUAUACAAAGCAAAUUAAUAAAAGAUUUUGGUGCACUGUUAAUUAUUAGGCUACUUUUAUAUACAUAUUAAAAUAUUAUUUUUCUAACCAUAUAAAAACAAAGUGCAUAGUCCAUUGUUGUGAAAUAAUGAAUCAACUGAAAUAAAUGUUUUACAAUAAUAUA